AAAAAAUUAAACGUUAACUAAGGAAGGUAAUCACUUGGAAAGGCAUAGCUAACAGAGGAUUCAGGUAUAUAUAGGAUUGAAGAUCGCUCAGUUAAGUCUAUAGCAAAGGAUGGUUUCUUGGAACUUCCAAAAAUUUAAAACCAUGAAACAUCUACUACUGCUACUAUUGUGUGUUUUUAUAGUUAAGGCCCAAGCUGUUGAUGACUUCGAGGAGGAAGAAGAUGUCAGAGCUAAUUUUAAUUUGCAUGCCCGUGGUCAUCGACCCUAUGACAAGAAGAGGGAAGAGGCUCCCAGCCUGAGACCUGUCCCCCCUCCCAUCAGCGGAGGUGGCUAUCAGCCUCGUCCAGACAAACCAGCUAUCCACCAGAAGAAAGUGCAGAGAAAACCCCCUGAUGCUGACGGCUGCCUGCACGCUGACCCAGACCUGGGCGUGUUGUGUCCUACAGGAUGUCAGUUGCAAGAUACUUUGGUAAAAGAGGAAAGACCAAUCAGAAAGAAUGUAGAAGAGUUAAUUGCUAAUAUAGAGUCUGUUUCCCAGUCCGCUUCUUCCACAUUUCAGUAUAUAACUCUGCUAAAAACCAUGUGGAGAGAGAGGCAGAAGCAACUAAAAGAUAAUGCAAAUGUGAUAAAUGAGUACUCCUCACAGCUGGAAAAGCACCAGUUAUAUAUAGAAGAGACUGUGACCAGUAAUAUCCCAACUAAGCUUCGUGUGCUCCGUUCAAUUCUGGAAAAUGUGAGAAGCAAAAUACAAAAAUUAGAAUCGGAUGUCUCAACUCAGAUGGAAUACUGCCGCAGCCCGUGUACUGUCACUUGCAAUAUUCCUGUGGUGUCUGGCAGAGAAUGUGAGGAAAUUAUCAGGAAUGGAGGCGAAACAUCUGAAAUGUAUCUCAUUCAGCCUGACAGUUCUAUCAAACCAUAUAGAGUAUACUGUGAUAUGAAAACAGAAAGAGGAGGAUGGACAGUAAUUCAGAACCGUCAAGAUGGUAGUGUUGACUUUGGCAGGAAAUGGGAUCCAUAUAAGGAAGGAUUUGGAAAUAUUGCAACCAACGCAGAUGGGAAAAAAUACUGUGGUGUACCAGGUGAGUAUUGGCUUGGAAAUGACAAAAUUAGCCAGCUUACCAGGUUGGGACCCACAAAGCUUUUUAUUGAAAUGGAGGACUGGAAAGGAGAUAAGGUGACAGCACUCUAUGAAGGAUUCACUGUACAGAAUGAGGCCAACAAAUAUCAACUCUCAGUGACCAAAUACAAGGGCACAGCUGGCAAUGCCCUCAUAGAAGGAGCUUCUCAACUGGUGGGAGAAAACCGGACUAUGACCAUCCACAACAGCAUGUUCUUCAGCACAUACGACAGAGACAACGACGGCUGGAAAACUGCAGAUCCCAGAAAGCAGUGUUCUAAAGAGGAUGGUGGUGGAUGGUGGUAUAAUAGAUGUCAUGCAGCCAAUCCAAAUGGCAGAUACUACUGGGGUGGCCCUUAUACCUGGGACAUGGCAAAGCACGGCACAGACGACGGAGUGGUGUGGAUGAACUGGCAGGGGUCCUGGUACUCGAUGAAGAAGAUGUCCAUGAAGAUCAGGCCCUACUUCCCAGAGCAAUAGUCCUACACACAUAGAUUAUUAUUCUUCCCUAUGUGACAAAAUUUUUAUAUAUCAUGUCAUCAGAAUUUUUUUCAUACCUUAUAUCCCUCUAAAGCUAUCAAAAUGUAGUAAGUGUGACUUUUUGGAAACAGUAUUUAGGCAAAUGACAUUUAAAAGAGCACAUGAUUUUCUUUCAUAUUCAUCAUUUCUAUUGCAUACCAAGAUGUAACUAAAAGGAUGACUGUGGAUAGUCAGUGUUCAUAAUUUCAGGGGAUUGUAAAAAGUUUCAAAUUAGGAAGAGAAAUUUUCUAUCCUUGUGGGAAAACUGUGAGGUGAGCUAAAAACCUGUAUUUAAAAGUCCACUUUUAAACCUCUCUUUAUUUAUGUAAGAUCUGUCACAGAAAACUCAAAAAGAUUUAUUCAUUAAACUGGUUUCUGUUACAAUAAA